GCUGACCAGAGUUAUCAAGUGGCCAAUAGGUUUGGAAAGACACGAAGCCUACGGUUUCAGAAACAAAAAAAAAAAAAGAAAGAAAAAAAAAAGAAAGGACGAAGCCUACGGUGUCAGCGUUCCCCAUAAGUAAAUUUCAUUAAUUGAAAUAGAGGAUCACUUACAGACGCUUCCUUAGAUUUUUGACUCCAAUUCAAUCUCUCAGGAAUUCCCAAAGUCACCACGUUCCUUCAUGACUUUCAUCUCAAGGGUUCUUCUCUAAAUUUGGUCAGGUCAGGUAUAAGUUAAGAAGAGUAUGGCAUCCACAGAUGAGCCCGACUGUGGACAAUAUUCUGUUUCGGAUUACCAUUUAGUAGAUGAUAAGGCUGAAUGUGUGUCAUUUCAUGUAUUACCUGUUCAAUGGAGUGACGGUGAGCGACAGGGGGGCGGCGAGGAAGUGAAGAUAUAUCUGCAUGGAACUGGUGAUAAUGGGCUCUCAGAAAUAUGUAAGCGUGUUAUUGCAUGGAAGUUUGACAUUUCGAGUGAAGUGCCUGAGAUACUGGUGCUCUCUGAGGAAAAUAGUUGGAUCAAGCUUGGGAAGCCGAGGAAGAGCUUUGAGGACACCAUUAGGUCAAUUUUGAUAACGGUGCACUGCAUUCACUAUGUGAUGAGAAAUCCUGAAACAUCCGGAGAUUCUGUGUGGAAUCACCUAUGUGAAGUUUUCAGAUCAUAUGCGGUCAGGCCUUCUCAAAGUGAUCUGGUGGAUCACAUACCUCUAAUCAGUGAUUGUGUCAACAGAUAUCGUGGCCUAGAGGAUUCCAAGUUUUUGGCCACCCUUUCUGAAGAGAAGACAAUGAAGAGGAAACUCUCUGAUGUUGAUAGGGAAGCUAGGAAGAAGUUCAAAAUUAUCAUCGAUGAUAUAAAAGAUGAUAAGAUUGAUGAAGCAGAAGAUGAGGAUAACGACAACCUGUUCAGCGAGUUCUGUGCUUUAUGCGAUGAUGGUGGCAAGAUCAUUUGUUGUGAAGGGGGGUGCCUAAGGUCUUUUCAUGCAACUAAGGAGGCGGGUGCGGGAUCUUAUUGCAAAUCUCUUGGCUUUAUGCCGGAUGACAUUAUUGGGAUGCAAAAUUUCUACUGCAAGAACUGUGAACAUAAACAGCACCAGUGCUUUAUUUGUGGGAAGUUAGGCUCCUCUGAUAAGUCCUCAGGUGCUGCUGAGGUUGUUUCCUGUGUAUCUCCAAAGUGUGGUCGAUUUUACCAUCCACAUUGUGUUGCAAUAUUACUUAACCAAGAUACUGGAGUUCCUGCUAAAGAACUUGAGAGAAAGAUUGCUGGCGGGGAAUCUUUUACUUGUCCAAUUCAUAAGUGCUGCAUUUGUAAACAAGGAGAAAAUAAGAAGGAUAUGGAAUUUCAGUUUGCUGUGUGCAUCCGUUGUCCAAAGUCAUAUCACAGGAAAUGCCUGCCAGGGUACUAUUAA